GCCAAACCUGGUCCUCUUUUUGGAGCAAGAGAAGGAGCUCUGGGAUAUGAAGAGAAAGAAGAGAGUAGCCUUCCACCCAGCUGUAUCUUCACAUGGCACCCAGAGUUUCCUGCCAAAGCUGUGCAUAGAAGCUUCUUUCCAAAACGUGGCAGUGGGUAGAUAUAAACAUAGUGCCCUUGACAAUUUACACUUAAUGAUAGACUGGAAAAAUGAUGGGGAGAGUGAAGAGCAUCAAAGAUAUCAUGGAGGACAUAUCCAAACUGAGACAACUGUCCAUAAUAUGAAUCUCACUGCCCAAAAUGAUGAAGAAUAUAAAACACUUGGGAAAAUAUCCCUUCUUAAGUCUGCUACUUCUGCAAAGCAGUGUCUUUCUGUAAGCAAGGGAUCAAAUCAAAUGGUGAAACAUACAUAUUUGGAGAACGAGAAUUUGGAAAAUCUGGAAAGUUGCCUAGUCCAUGCUGAAAAUAAUUAUUUGAACCAUUUUGAAAGUAGGAUUGGAUUUACCUUUGAGUCAAACAUUUCUGAAAAUCAGAGAUUUAAAAAUGAAGAACAAAGUGCUAAGUGGGAUUCAUUUGAGAGGUCCUUCACCGAGGAGUCAACCCUACAAGAUGACCAGAGCAUUUUCAAUGAAAAUAGAAUUGCUCAAUGCAGUGACUCUGGGAACAAAUUUAACGAGGGUUCAAAUGUUAAUAAAUGUGUGAGGACUCAUUUUCCAGAGAAUCAUUAUGAGUGUGAUAAAUAUGUGGAAGUCUUUUAUCAAAGCUCCAACCUGAUUAUACAUAAGAGUAUCCCUAUGGGAGAGAAUCCUUAUAAAUAUAAUGAGUGUGGGAAAUCUGUUAACCAGUCCUCCAGUGUUGGUGAUUAUCAGAGAAUUCACAUGGAAAAAAACAUAUACAGAUGUAAUAAACCUGUGAACAUGUUGAGUCAAUCAUCAGGACUAAACAUACAUAACACAGCCGCUACUGGACAGAAAACUUACAUUUGUGAGGAAUGUGGUAAAGCCUUUGACUGGCACUCAACACCAUCUCAACACCAGCCAAUGCCUACUGGAGAGAAACCUUACAAAUGUGAAGAAUGUAGCAAGGUCUUUAUCCACCACUCACACCUUAUUCAACAUGACAGAAUUCAUCCUGGAGAGAAACCUUACCAAUGUGAAGAAUGUGGAAAGGCCUUUAACCAGCACUCAAUGCUUACUCGACAUCAAAGAAUUCAUACUGGAGAGAAACCUUACCAAUGUGAAGAAUGUGGCAAGGCCUUUAACCAGCACUCAAACCUUAUUCAACAUCACAGAAUUCAUACUGGAGAGAAACCUUACCAAUGUAAAGAAUGUGGCCAGGCCUUUAACCAUCACUCAAGCCUUACUCAACAUCACAGAAUUCAUAGUGGUGAAAAACCUUACAUAUGUAAAGAAUGUGGCCAGUCCUUUAACCAGCACUCAAACCUUACUCGACAUCACAGAAUUCAUAGUGGAGAGAAACCUUAUAUAUGUAAAGAAUGUGGCCAGGCCUUUAACCAGCACUCAAAGCUUACUGAACAUCUCAGAAUUCAUACUGGAGAGAAACCUUACAUAUGUAAAGAAUGUGGCCAGGCCUUUAACCGGCACUCACACCUUACUCGACAUCACAGAAUUCACAGUGGAGAGAAACCUUACCAAUGUAAAGAAUGUGGUAAGGCCUUUAACCAGCAGUCAAAGCUUACCGAACAUCACAGAAUUCAUACUGGAGAGAAACCUUAUAUAUGUAAAGAAUGUGGUCAGGCCUUUAACCGGCAUUCACACCUUACUCGACAUCACAGAAUUCAUAGUGGAGAGAAACCUUACAUAUGUAAAGAAUGUGGUGAUACCUUUAUCCAGCACUCACACCUGACUCGACAUCACAGAAUUCAUACUUGAAGGAGUCCUAACCAAAAUAAUGUGCCAAGGCCUUUAAGCAGUGCUAAAGUCUAACUUCUGAUCAGAGGAUGUAUACUGGAGAAGAUUUUGCAAACAUAAUGAAUUUGGCAAGCCCUUUAAUCAGAAGUCAAGCUUCAUUGACCAUCAGAGAAUUCGUAUUGGAGAAAAAAACCUUAGAAAUGUAAAGAGUGUGGUAAAACUUUUAGGAUUGCUCAACUCUUACUCAGCAUCUCAGAGUUCAUACUGAGGGGAAACAUUACAAAGGUAAAAGAAUGUCUCAAGCCUCUAGCUGGAACUCCCAACUUCCUGAACAUCAUAGUUCUCAUCACAGGAUGGAAACUAAAAUACAGAGAAAUUUGCAGUGCCUUUAACUGGAAUUCAAUCCUUAAUAUCCAAAAAUUCACACUAGAGUCAAACCCUACAAAUUUAUGAAUGAGGAAAGACCUUCAUUUUAAAUACACACAUUAGUAAACACUCGUGAGUGCAUAAAGGACAGUAACUUGAAAGAUGUAAAUACUUAGAAAUGUAUGUAACUGAACAUCAAAUGUCAAUAAAUGUCACAGAAAUCAA